AUGGCAAACCUUGAAGAUUCUUUUCUUGCAGAUCUUGAGGAUCUAUCCGACAAUGAUAACGAAAACCUGGAUGAAGAAAACAUGGAUGCAGAAAACAUGGAAGAAGAUGUGAAUAAAGACAUAGCCGAUAUAGAAGCCCUGAACUACGAUGACUUAGACAGUGUCUCAAAGCUACAAAAAACACAACGCUACACAGACAUCAUGAAAAAAGUCGAAAACGCCCUUGAAAAAGGAUCAGACAUGUCAAACCAAUCCAUGGUUCUAGAAGACGAUCCCGAAUACCAACUAAUAGUCGAAUGCAACACAUUAUCAGUCGACAUAGAAAACGAAAUCGUCAUAAUCCACAAUUUUAUACGCGAUAAAUACCGAUUAAAAUUUCCCGAACUCGAAUCCCUUGUUCAUCACCCAAUCGAUUACGCGCGUGUGGUUAAAAAAAUCGGAAACGAAGUUGACUUAACCCUAGUUGACUUAGAAGGUCUUCUCCCUUCAGCCAUAAUCAUGGUUGUUUCAGUCACAGCCUCCACCACAAGUGGGAAGCCACUUCCCGAAAAUACCCUCCAAAAAACAAUCGAAGCAUGCGAUCGAGCCCUUACAUUAGACGCUUCAAAAAAGAAAGUUCUAGAUUUUGUAGAGAGUAGAAUGGGUUAUAUCGCACCGAAUCUUUCCGCGAUUGUUGGAAGUGCGGUUGCUGCGAAACUGAUGGGGACAGCUGGCGGGCUGACAUCACUUGCGAAAAUGCCAGCUUGUAAUGUGCAGCUUUUGGGUGCUAAAAAGAAGAAUUUGGCGGGAUUUUCAACUGCUACUUCUCAGUUUAGAGUUGGGUAUAUUGAACAAACGGAGGUUUUUCAGACAACGCCUCCUGGGUUAAAGAUGAGGGCUUGUAGACUUUUGGCUGCAAAGUCAACGCUUGCUGCGCGAGUUGACUCGAUUAGGGGGGACCCGUCUGGGAAACAAGGGAGGAUGUAUAGGGAAGAGAUUAGGAAGAAGAUUGAAAAGUGGCAAGAACCACCGCCAGCUAAGCAACCUAAGCCACUUCCUGUUCCGGAUUCUGAACCUAAAAAGAAAAGAGGUGGGAGAAGAUUGAGGAAAAUGAAGGAGAGAUAUGCGAUUACAGACAUGAGGAAACUGGCAAACAGAAUGCAGUUUGGAGUGCCUGAAGAGAGCUCAUUAGGUGAUGGACUAGGAGAAGGAUACGGUAUGCUUGGUCAAGCUGGAAACGGAAAGCUUCGUGUUUCAGUUGGUCAAAGCAAACUCGCUGCUAAAGUUGCUAAAAAGGGCAAAGAUAAACAGUAUAGUAGUGGUGGGGCUACCUCUGGAUUGACGUCAAGUUUAGCUUUUACACCUGUUCAGGGGAUUGAUCUUAUAGAUCCACAGGCAGAUGCUAAUAGACUUGGGAGUGGAACACAGAGCACGUAUUUUUCAGAAACAGGAACUUUUUCAAAGAUCAAGAGGACGUGAAUCAGCUUCAAUGCAUAAUAUCUUGUAAUCUGUUUUUUUUUUUUUUAAAUGGUUUCAGGUCGUUUUGAAUCUUAUGGUUAAAGGGGAAUAGGAGUAUAUGAUAUGAUAUUACAGAGUUUUGAACGAGAAAAAGGUUUAGGGAAAUUUUGUGUUGUAGGGAUUUAUGUUAUUGCCUUUUUAUGCAAAUAUUGAAUAGUAUAUUUUUUUUAAUGAACUUUUUCAUUUUUGUUGUAGUAUUUUUAGGUCUUUGGAUGGAGUUCAAAUAUUUAUUACUGUAAUCAUAGCUAUUUCUUUUUCGAAAAAAAUCUAACUACUUUUUGUUUGUGAAAGUUGGUAUUUUUGAAGAAACUGUUAAACUUGUUUUCUAGGAUUUAAACAAAUGA